AUGGGGAACAAAGAGCUAUGUGGUGCACCUCAACUACAAAAAAGGCAUCCAAAGCAAAAAACUGAUCAAGAAAAUUCGAAUGUUUUUGCAAAGAGGAGAAGAAUUUCAUACCAAGAGCUUCAUCAGGCCACAAAUGAUUUUUGUGAAAGCAAAUUACUUGGUGCAAGAAAUUUUGGCUUGGUAUACCAAGGUGCUCUUUCAGAUGGAUUGAACAUUGCCAUAAAAGUCUUUAAUUUGGAGGUAGAAGGAUCAUUCAAGAGCUUUGAAGUUGAGUGUGAGGUCUUGCGCAACAUUCGCCACCGGAAUUUAGUCAAAAUCAUCAGUAGUUGCUGCAAUGUAGAUUUUAAAGCCUUGGUGCUUGAGUUCAUGCCUAAUGGAAGUCUCGAGAAGUGGUUAUACUCUCAUAACUAUUGUCUUGAUAUUUUGCAUAGGUUGAACAUUAUGAUUGAUGUGGCAUCUGCAUUAGAAUACCUCCAUCAUGGUCAGACAAUUCUUGUGGCCCAUUGUGAUUUAAAACCCAGCAAUGUUCUAUUAGAUGAAGAUAUGGUUGCACAUUUGGGUGAUUUUGGCAUUGCAAAGCUAUUAGGUGAAGAGGAUUCAACAGUACAAACCAUAACACUAGCAACAAUUGGGUAUAUGGCACCAGAAUAUGGAACACAAGGAGUUGUUUCCAUAAAAGGCGACGUGUACAGUUUUGGUAUUCUUCUAAUUGAAACCUUAACAAGAAAAAAGCCCACAGAUGAAAUGUUUGUUGGAGAAAUGAGCUUAAUACAUUGGGUGACUGAGUCAUUACCAUGUGCAUUAACUCAAAUUGUAGAUGCCAAUUUGCUAAUUACUACCAAGGAGUGAGAACAUUUUUGCAAUAAAAGAUUGUGCAUUGUCUAUUUUGCAAUGGCAUUAGAAUGUUCAAAAGAGUUGCC